GUGGGUCUUGUUUGACCCGCUGCUGCACAUGCACAGGUGCCAGUCUAAGGCUGGAAUAAUAUCCUCAUUAAAUACACAAAUUGAGCAGCUGCCUCAUUCAACAUCCCCUCUGUGAUAACAGGCUUAGGCUUUCUCUUUCUCUCUCUCUCUCUCUCUCAAACCACCACCCUUGCCUAGGAGCUCAGGUCACAGCUGCUGAUAAGCUCACAUUGCCCUGUACUGCUGCUUCAUUUGUUGCCAGCAUGUUGUGAGUCAUUGUAAAUGAGUCACAGGGAACAAGCUGUAAUUUCACUUCUGCAUCACUUCAUCAUGUCAUCAGUGGCACAUCGCAGCGUAACUAAUAUCAGAUACCAGCCUGAGAGGUCAGAGAGAUGCUUGUCCGCAAAUCUUUUAUUUAUUUAUUUUUUUAAAAUAAAUGAAAAGCUCUCUAGUUGUUCCUUUGAGUGAUUUGUUUCCAUCCUCGAAUACUUUCCUGUCUGAUGUAUUUCAUGUGCUGUGAUCAUGAAAUAAAUAUAAAACUGGUACAGAGUGUUCCUCCGCUUCAGGUAGUGUAUUUUUUUUGGGCUGUUUUUGAAGAUGUAUGUAAAGAUCAGCAUAUAUCAGGAAGUGAAACCAUGGUUUGUAUCAAGCUCUGGGAAUCUUUCAAACCAACUUCUCACUUUCACCCACAGCCUGAAUGAGUAAAUGUGAAAGUCCUGCCUUGAUUUUUUUCCCUUCAGCUGUGAGUGAUAAACACACUGACAAUCACUGCUGUCCAAACAUCUGCCCCAACAGAUGGCCUAGCACCCUGUGAGUGUGUGUGUGUGUGCAUGCUUCACACAUUUCCAUUUUUGACUUGCUGUUGUCCUCUUAAAAUAACUCCCAUUCUUUAUGACCUUAUAUGUUCACGGCUACCGUGUGUGAGGAAGAGCCUGUCUGUGAAGGCAUCAUGUAUUCAGGCCUUGCAGAACGGACUGCGUCCCCGGCAACUGCAGUUGCUCUGUGUGUAUCAACAGACUAGAUCUCAGCUCAGCACACAAAGGCCUGUUUGAUGCUUUUUGCUCUCUUAGCAAUGCAUCUCACAGAUCUUAAUCAGGAGUGCCUGCUUCAUCUUUUUUCGUUCUUGGAUAAAGACAGUCGGCAGAACCUGUCUCUGACCUGCAAGUGUCUCAGAGAAGCCUUCCUGGACCCUCAGCUCUGGUCUCUGCUCCACUUUUUCUCCCCUAGCGAACUUACAAGGAACAACUUCAUUCUUGGCCCGUUUCUCAGGCACCUGAAUAUAUCUUGGCAUUCCAGCAGGGUCAAAGUGUGUAACAUUGAAGACUAUAAGAAGACAACAUUCCAGAGGGACCUCUGCAGUAAGCAUGCGAGCUUGGUCAGCCAUUUCCUGGAGCGUGUCUGCCACAUGUGUCCAAACUUGCUGUCUCUAACCCUGUCCGGUUGUGGACACGUCACAGAUGGAGACGUGAUCAACGUGCUGCGCCGUUGCAGGCGACUGCGGCACCUGUGUCUAGAGAACUGCUGCCGCGUGACGGACGCUGUGCUGCAGGCAGUGGUGACCCAUGGAGGCAGUCUGCAGGAAGUGAGGAUGGAUUUCUGCAGGAAUGUAACACACACAGGGCUGCAGACCUGCCGAGAAAAGAGGCCUGCAGUUCGGCUAGUCGCUGACCGGAGUGCGGGGAUGAUACCUGACACUGAGCCGGUGGAAAAACUGCACAUCAGGAGGGCACUGCAGAAAGUCCUUAUCUUUUCUUGAGAACCAAGAAUGUUGAUAAGAUGAGAUGUUUUCUGAGACAUGAGAAAUCAUGGCACAAUGACCUGAUGAUUUUUUUUACUUUGAGGUUUAAUACUGGGCAUUAUGUUAAUUUUUUUUAUAGUUAAUUUCUUAUUUUUUAUUUUGAUUUGUGUGAAGUUUCUACCUAUUUUUCUAAAUAUCUGUAUUUAAUACAAUUUAAAAAAACAGUCUUUUUUCACUUCCUGUGUGCAGUGGAAUCAGUUCCUUAAGUAUAAGAGUUUGUUCCCAACACUAGUUUUCAUCGGCUCAAAACACACUGAAUGGUAUCUCGAUUAAAAUUUCAAGCUAAUACACGUAGAUUCCUUCAGUGAUUUAAGAGGACUGUGUGUCUUAGCUCACUUUGUCCUUAACAUGGGCCUGUUUAUGUAACCGAAUGUCCUUACUUGGAUUGGCUCUGCCAUGGUGUAUUCGCUGUCUGUAGCCGUCUCAUUCUUCUUCCCUGAAACACUCCACACUACUUGAACUUACAGAAUUGUCUGGAUAUGAACCUGACUCUUGUUCAAAGCUACCAUGAUGGCAUGAACAGCUUCAUACUGAACGGUACAGUAUGUAGACCACGGCGCUGUUCCGAGUAAUGGGUGUGUUGUUUCACCUUACAAAAAUAAAUGAAUGGUUGUUUAUAGCACGACAUGUUUUGCUUACAUGGUCAUAGGUCUACAUGAUUCAUUCAGCCAUAGAGACUGUAGAUAUUGGCCGGGAUCCGAGUUCUGCUGCCAGGUUGCUUGCCCAAACAAAACCGUUGGAGUGUAGAGCGGAGCGAGAGUCUCAUGUCGCUUUUAAUUCAGGGACAGGACAGAGAAGUGGAGCUGUCGCUUCAGACACGGAGAGCACUGAGCUCAUGUCUCAGCACACAAAGGUUAACUGAGGGUGCGCUGUGCUGGCGUUCUGCCAUAGCGCUGAUUAGGAACGUUAUGUAAAAGAGUUGGAGGCGGAACGGCAGUAGCUCGUGUUGUGAAGGUUCCACGUGACCGCACUACAUUUUUUAAAGUGCUGUACUGGACUAAACCGGUUUCCUUGGAGGGGGCGCUCUCUGUGUUUCACCUAUAAACUGGUAUUUUAUAUAUAGGGCUGUAUAAUGGGGUGAUUCUAUGACUGGGGUGCAUCAUCCAUCCCUCUGACGGACUCUUUGCCUCUCUGAUCCCACUAUAACUUAUUGUUAAACUAUACCAGCAAACAUAUUUUGCAUGGAUGUGUGACAUGGUAAUGUCCUUUUCAGUGAGUCAUCCAUUAAAGGCACACUGUAUUCCUGUCACUCAACACCUUUAGGCGAAAAUAUUCACCCCUAGAAAAAUAUUUGGAAUAUUCCACAAUCACAUGUUGGACAGGAAGUUGCAACAUCCAAAUUUCCUGAAGAUCAUGGACAGAGGAGAAAUACAUUCUAUCAGGUUUGUUCUUUAUUUUCAUUGAUAUUGUUAUUGACCGAUGAGGUCACUUUGAAAACACAAUACACGUAUCUACUUCUACCAAUUCUAUGCUGAAAGCUAAAACCUUUUACUUUAUAAAAUUUUACUUUAACUCUUUUAACAGCAAUGUAACAGCAUUGUCAGAAAAAAAAACUUUUUGUCUCUGAUGAUUUUGAAUGGUCGUCUAUAGGUUUUAUUAUAUUCACUAAAUAAAUUUUUUUUAAAGAGCCAAGAGGCACCACAAUCAAUGAAAUACUGAUGAAAUCCUAUUUAAUGCUACUAAUAGAAAUUAAGAAUUACACCAAUCAGGCAUAACAUUAUGACCACCUGCCUAAUAUUGUGUUGGUCCCGCUUUUGCUGCCCUGACCCGUCCUGCACUGUGUAUUCUGACCACUUUCUAUCAGAACCAGCAUUAACUUUUUCAGCAAUUUGAGCAACAGUAGCUCGUCUGUUUGAUCGGAUCACACGGACCAGCCUUCGCUCCCCACGUGUAUCAGUGAGCCACCCAUGACCUUCCUUUCUUGGACCAAUUUUGAUAGAUACUGACCACUGCAGACCGGGAACACCCCACAAGAGCUGCAGUUUUGGAGAUGCUCUGAUCUAGUGGUCUAGCCAUCACAAUUUGGCCCUUUUGGUCAAACUUGCUUAAAUCCUUACGCUUGUCCAUUUUUCCUGCUUCUAACAUCAACUUUGAGGACAAAAUGUUCACUUGCUGCCUAAUAUAUCCCACCCACUAACAGGGGCCAUGAUCAUCAGUCUUAUUCACGGCACCUGGCACUGGUCAUAAUGUUAUGGCUGAUUGGUGUAUGUCUCAACCAAAUGUUCAUGAUAUCUAACCCCACUUAAACUCAUCAGGACCAUCUCCCCAGGAGCCACCACCACAUUUUUUAAAAUCCAAUAUACUCAUCAUAAAAUUUUUUUCCUUAUUUGUGUUGACAAUGUGCUGUCGAAACAUUGUCCAUUUAGAAAUUUUCUAAAUAGCUUUUUCUCUUGUUAUCCAUAGAGCAGGAUGUAAACCAUGAGUGGAAAAAGUCUUCUGCAUUUCUCAGUUUAUGCAGCUUGUUGAGUUUCCUAGUAUGAACACUCGGCUUCUUUAAGACACAUAGCUCUUGAACUGUCUGAACGGACCUUGGUGACCAUGACAUCACAUAACUAUGUAGAAAACAAAGUUUCAAUCAAUAUCUCCUUUGUUCCUUGGCGCAAGAUGAUUUAUCACUUCUUUUUUUCAUUUUUCAUUUAUUUUGUAGUUUCAUGUAUUGAUAUUGUUCCUCAGGGAUUUAUGUCUAAAUAUCUAUAACACUACAAUUUAAAUUGAAAGAAACACGCUAGAUUUGAUGAAUUUUGUCUGUGCAAAAUGAACAUGAGUAAAUAAACCUGAGGUGUGAGCAGAUCUGACAUUUCGACAGUGUUUCACUUGAGAGUCAUGUAUUCAGAACUGGAACCAGUAUCACUAUCAGAAAUGCAUCAUGGGAAACGUGACCUUAGAUCAACCCUGAAUAUAACAAAAACAUCACUCGUGCCAGCAGAAACAUUUUAGCUCCUAAGACUGGAUAAAGUCAUAUUAAAGAUAUGUUUAAAUGAAUAACUUAUAGUCACCUGAACUCAGUUACCCAGCGAGUCGAAGUGUUUGUGCUCUUUGCAUUUUAUUUAAAAAGUUUUGACAAGAGCCUCACAAGUCCUUUCUUCUGUAGCCAAUAUCCUCAGGAUGUUCUCUCAGUGGAGUCAGAUCUUUUCUGUCGGGAAUAUAGCAGCUAUGCAGAAGAGACGCGAGACUGAAAUAACAAAGGGAUUAGCAUUUUUAAACUCUCUUAGAAAAAAGGUAAAUAAACAUUGUACAUGUGAUCUCAGAGGAAGGAGAGUGCUGAUGUACAGGAAUACCGAAGGUUGUUAUUGAGCAAUAGUUGGACUGUGAUUUGGUUAUGUAACAGCUGUCGAUAAAUGCUUUAGGCAAGCUGUUAUGAUACUCAGGCAUUUAGUAUCCAGUGUUUCUUUUACAAGUUUAAACACUUUCUCGGAUGCCUUCGUUUACUAAGAAUUUCGAAGAACAAUUGAAACAUGAUAGAAGUUAAUAAUCACUAAAUUGCCUGAAUUCCCAGUCAGCAGUCCGGUAUUUCUUCUGUUGUAGGUGCCAGUUCUCUUCUAAGAGUUACAUAAUCAACCUUCCAGUUGUUUUUGCAAGCCGUUUUGGUUAGUCAGGUAUAGGACUAGAAGGAACUUACACCCUGACAGUCAGUCUGCUUGUUGAUUUCAGUACACUCAUGACCUCAUGUGAAAUGUGUUUCUGGCAUUUCUCCGUGUUUUAUCUUCUACUUUAUCUCACCAUGCCUUUACUUUCUCAAAACAGCGAAAGCUAAAAGAGGCAGUCCUUCACCUUGAAGCAGGAGACUCGAUGGGGACAAACGAUCGUGUGGUGAAUCUUCUCCCACAAGGACUACUUUAUUAUUGUUUCAUUUUUUUCUGGAUCCAUGGCUACCUCGAGAUUAUGUAGAAGCCCAAGGGAGUGUAUUGUGUUUACAAUUCUUCAUGAAUAAGAAUUAUUAAAAGCUGGGGUAUUUAUAAUUCAUGGUAAGAAUUGUAAAGCCUUUGCUGGAGCAGUUUAGACUCUUUAACCUUAUUUAAAGAUUCUGAGAUUCUGUAGGGAUUGGGGAGAACGACUUAAAGCAAAUCACUCCAUUAGCAGAACUCAAUCUGAAUUUCGAUUCAGUCGAACUUUCUACUUUUCUGUAGUCCUUCCGAGCCCGUCACAUUUAGUUGUCUAUGUUCCAGCUACAGAUUUGUACAGAUUUGAUGUGCUGUUUCUUUAAGUCCUAACCAGGUAUGUGACUGACACAGCAGGUAAGUAUUUUUUUCUUGCAGCCCAUGUUGAGUAUGUUAUGUAAAGUUUCUCUUUAGGCAGACCCGAGCACCAGCCAUACAGCUCCUACAUUCUGGAAAGAAAUCUUUUUUAUUGUUGUCCUCGUUUGUUGUCCUGUCUUCAUUUUAUAGCCACAGCAUUACAGAAUCCAUAUGAGGUGUGAAUUAAAUUCAGAAAACAUAUAAAACAUGUAAAAUAUAAAAACUCUGUUUUUAUAUCUGGGAAAAUUGUGUGUAGAGAAAAGCUUAUGUGCGAGUACAUUUUAUAAAGAGAGCACUAAACAGCAGAUAUUUUCAUUGUUCCUGCAGACAGACAACAUCUCUCUCUCUCUCUCUCUCUCUCUCGCUCUCUCUCUGUCUCUCUCUGUCUCUCUCUGUCUCUCUCUCUCUCUCUAUAGUUCCGAGUGGAAGAAUGCAAAGGCAGCUGAGGUCACAAGCUGUUUUUUUCCCCUAGAAAUGUUGGCAGGAAGUCAUAUUACAGAGAGACUCACAGUCUGAGUGGAAGGGGUGUGUGUGUGUGUGUGUGUGUGUGUGUGGAGGCUGAUGUGUCACGUAGGAAUCAAUGUUUUUUUCCCCCUUUUUUACACUCCUACAGCUAUCUUCAUUUUUCUGGCAUCGCCCAUACGCUGAGCCUCCUGCAUAUUUCACACAGGCUUUGUGCAUCUCUCUUCAUUGACUCCAGUUUAGUAAGACACACUAACAUGCUGUGGUCGUACCUGGGCACUGUUCUGGUUUAACAGUAGUAUAGAUGGUGUAAGUGAGGUGUGUGUGUUUGUGUGUGUUUAAGCUAACCUGAGAUACACAGGACAGGUGAGAAGGUGAUACGCAUACACGUCUUUACUGACGUGAGUUCAGCUGCAGAUACUGUGGGAAAAAAAACACCAUGGUAUCACAGUCUUUCAGUUCUCAUGUUUUAUGUAAAGCGCCUCUUUUCUCAGUAGUAGAAUUUAGGAGUCAUUAGAAGAAUGCGUGAACUGAAAUGAACUGUUUUCAGGGUUUUCAGAUGACUCAAGACUUCUAUGAAAUCUAAUGUUUUUUUAAGUCAUCUAAUUACCCCAACCAACCCCUCACCCCCUUUCUUCUCGAGCUUUCACUUUCUUUUCUAUUUAGGUUUAAUGGCCAUACCCACAUACCUAAAAUACAACAUGAUCUUCUGUUGCUUUCUUUUAAUGACACAGACUUUUUUUUUAUUUUAGUGCUUAGAGGAAACCAGUUAGAGAUUAAGACUGGCACCAAGUGCAUUAGUGUAGAAUUAAUUAGGUUAUUAUUAACCACAUAAUAAUUACUUGCCCUCUUUUCAAGCAAACAAGCCGUACCAUUAUUCUGUUUACUCUGAUUGUGUAGCGAACCCAUUUUCCUAGUUUUCUCUGUAUGUUAUAAAACCUAUAGAAUAGCACUUCAAGUUCAGUAGUUAUGCCUGUCUUUACUUUCAAGGACUCAUUUUCCACAUUCAUUUGAAAAGCAAAUUAUGAUGACGCAAGCCUGAAGUUAAAUUAUAAGCAGUGUAAUCGCACUUAAUCACUUGUUAUGCAGUGUGCGGUAGAAAUGCAUUCCGAUUUCAAUCCAAAGCCUGGGCUUGACACAGCAUUUUGAAACUGAUAACCCUUUAUAUGAAUCUUACUUUUGCUGCAUUAUAAUCUUUGCUCUAACUCUAAUACUAGCUUUGUUUUUAUGAUGCUCUCACCCAUGUGAGAAGAUUUUCUAUCUUCAUAUGGACUGUCAUGUUAUGUUAUGAGUAUAGAUAGUCAUAAGAAAACACAGAGCUUACCCAGAAUAAUACUGCAAACAUUAAUGCAUCAAUACAUGCCAUUAAUCGUAGCUCUAAAAUAAAUAAAAUAAAAAACAAUUCAUUUUUAAUAAAAUAAAAUAAUAAAAAUACUAUAACUUAAAAUUUAACAAAGACAUUUUAGUGUAUCUAUAUUGACAUGUUUGUGUAGUCUGUGUAAAAUAUUAUUAUUAUUAUUAUUAUUAUUAUUAUUAUUAUUAUUAUUAUUAUUAUUAUUAUUAUUAUACAUUCUUUAUCUGAUAAUCAUCUCACAGAACAACUAAUCAUUAUUGCUCUGGACCUCCUGGUGAUCAACAUACAUGAGAUUUAAGAUGAGAUUAGUGAAGUUCUCUCAAAAGUUUUUAUUAAUUCAUAAUAGUUACACAAAUUGGCUUUAUGUGCCCUUUGUAAGUUUCUAUUUCUACUCCUGAUUAUAAACCUGUGAUUCUUGAGAGGAGUAAACAGAGUAAGAAUUUCAUUGUACUAACACAUUUGACAAUAAAACUCUUGAAUCUUGAACCUUUACAUUUUGUAAUCUAGCUGUAAAUAAUAAUACAGUACUUAUUUUUACUAUUCAUCUCAUGAAAUUACCGUACAGGGAAUUCUUCCAUACUUCUCUUGUCCCUAAAUAGCGUGUAACAGAGAUGUUGGGCUGAUGGGGGCAACUGAUAUUCAGAAACAAGGAUACACUCAAGGGAAAUGUGAUAUGUGAUGCAAACGGUCAUUUCAGAUAUCCACAGGGACAAGUUCAUCAAUACCGGAUCUUUUCCAGAUCAAGACGGAAAGAGGAGUAAUCAUCAUAGCCUUUAAAGCCACCUGUCAUAUAAGUUCAUAGACUUCUUAAAUGCAAUACUAUCUAGAAAACCUUUGCAAUUUUCCAUCCAUCCAUCCAUGCAUCCAUCCAUCCAUCCAUCCAUCCAUUUAUCCAUCCAUCCAUGCAUCCAUGCAUCCAUCCAUCCAUCCACGCAUCCAUUCAUCCAUCCAAUCAUCCAUCCCUCCAUCCAUGCAUCCAUCCAUCCAGGCAUCCAUCCAUCCAUGCAUCCAUCCAUGCAUCCAUCCAUCCAUGCAUCCAUGCAUCCAUGCAUCCAUCCAUCCAUCCAUCCAUUUAUCCAUCCACGCAUCCAUCCAUCCAUCCAUCCAUCCAUCCAUUUAUCCAUCCACGCAUCCAUCCAUCCAUGCAUCCAUGCAUCCAUGCAUCAUGGGGAGUGUUGCAGCCUCUCAGUUCAGCAUUUCAGCUGCAAGUUCCAGAGUUUCUGGUCCAGUCCUAAGUUCUUUCAGGUUCUCCAGUUAGGCUCUUUUUGUCACCAGGUGCUCUGUGAUGGGCUUGUGUUCAAUGCAUGGUAUAUGUCCACCUCACACCCAGUACUCCUUCGAUGAUCUAGUGGCUCCUGAUCCACGUAACCCUUAAUGAUAUAAAUCAGUUACUGACACUGAAUGAUUUGCAUAUAUUUGUUAAUGUUAACGGUUAUCUGUAAUAUUUUAUUAAUGAAUUGUUUUAGAGGGAUAAGUCUAUGAUUUCUCAGUCUGUGUUUAAACACUGUCGUUUUGUAUUAUUUAGUGUUUAUAUCUUAUAUGUCACAUUUGCACAGGUGUACACAUUGUUUUCCCUCCUUGUGAGCGUGUUAUAGCUUCUGGCACUUGUGCAGGUUCUGUGGAGGUUUUUAAUAAUGCACAACAAGGAAGGUUUAAAUCUGCUAGCACUUGCAGCUGAAUAUUGCUCCUUUCCCUCUGGAGUUCCCUGACAGUUUCCCACCCUAAAGCCAAAUUGUCUUAGUAAUCAGCAUGUCUGCCUGUCAAACACUUAAUCGUAGAACAUAUUCAACUGACAGUCUGGAAAUGACUGCAAAUGCAGUUUACAACGACAGUAUAUUUUCUAAAAAUAUGAGAAUAUUUAUAUAUAGAACAUCUGGACAAAGCUUGCUCUUAUGUCCAUGAGAGAAUGACCAAUCACAGACACAUUACAUAAGAAUGCAGUCAAGUUCGUUCCCAUAGUAUCAUUAUCGAGGGCCUCGGAGAGGUAUACACUCUGCUUUUGGUGAAACGUGUAUCUCUUCAAAGAAGGAUUGGCUCAAAUUCUCGGUUGUUUACUUUUUAAUCCUUUCAUGGAAACCUGAGACACGACCCUCGGCUGAUCUUAUCCUCUCGACCGAAGAAGACGGCCUUUAUAGGAGCCAGACAUUUACUUGUCUAGCUUGCCUGGUCACAUGGAGCUCUGAAGGAAGGAUGUUUGUGUGUGUGUGUGUGUGUGUGUGUGCACAUGAAGCCAUCCCAAGGACAGGGUAGCUGUGUUGUCUAGGAAGAGUUUGCCUGUUCACAAGAACACAACAAGCCUGCCAAAGUAUCAGAGCAAGAACAGAAACAAAGAGUCACAGAGAAAAACACACUCUCCUUCAUCAAUAUAAUGUCACUGACUGGUGAGUUAGAAGGUCUGUGAUAUGCACAGAGCUAAUGUGAUGUGAAUUCAGAGGGCAAAAUUAUGUUUGUGAAUGUCGGGCCACUCACUUCCUUCAGAUAGAUAGAAAAUGAUAUGAUUUAAUUAUUUAAUAUGAUAUCAGUAGAAAAUAAUGAUGAGCUUUUUUCUGUUAUCAAAAGCAUCUGAUGAACUGGAAGAGUAUGACAAGCUAAAUAUCAUUAGAGUGAUUUAGCUUUUCUAUUUUACAUCUGUAGAGAAGCCUGGAAGAUGUGCUGAUGUGCUGACCCUGGAUCAGUCCAAGGCUCAGAUGGUGGAUACCUUAAUCCCACUGCUGUCUGUGGCCUGCAUGAGGAAGAGCAGAACGAAUUCUUCCAUCUUUUCCUCAACCAUGCAGGGAUUUUAUCUAUUAAUCACAUAUUAAUGACAUGUUUUCAUUUUUAUUUGCAUCUUUAACAUUUUUAAUUGCUCUAUUAGACACCAUUUUACUUAUACUCUGAUAAAUACUAAUGUUUUUUGGCUCUUUUCAUAAUAAGAAUGAAAUGAACGGUGAGUAGAACAGUUAGACAGCAGAGUACUGACUAUAUUAGAAAAUUAGAAAAGGGAGAUCUGUAAGUGAAAUCAGUUUAUUUUAACAAUUGUGUUUUAUUGUGUUAUGGACAUAUCCUUGGGCUGUGUUGUGUGUGAUCAUCUAAUAAUUUUAAAAUUAAUUUCCCAGCGGUUUUCCACUAACUUCUGUUGGCCCCUGGGCACAAGUGAAAUGAGAGAUGAGUGUGUGCAGAAGUGGAGCUGUAGCUCUCUUGUGGGCUGGGGGACGGGGGACAGAUCUAUUUGUGGCUGUUUCUCUCUCUCUCUCUCUCUCUCUCUCUCUCUCCCCCCUCCCUCUCUCUCUCCCUCUCUCUCUCUCUCUCUCUCUCUCCGUCUGUCACUGCAUUUGUCACAGAUCGUGCCAAGGCUUAGCCUCAAAAGCACACGAUGGAGACAGUAACUGGAGCAGCAACACAGAGAGAGAAGAAUUAACAGUUUUAUGGUCCAGCUUUUUUUAAAAGUAAAUAAAUGAUAUUGUGAGUGUUUCUGAAGAAAGACAGGAGUACUGCGUUGGCACCGCAACGUUCUUCUGAGAUGUUUGCUCAGUGUCUGUGAGUUGAACAGAGUGUUUCAGUCACCUGUGCUGUUCCUGGGCCGCUGGGUUUUUCAGUCUGGGCUGGAAGCAUGGUGGGUGGGGUGGUGUAUGCACUCCGUGACCGCUCCUCAUCCUCGUCUGCACUGUCUCAGACUAGAGGAAAACAGAGCAUAUGAGAAUACAGUGUGGGAGGAUGAGUAAAAGGCAUGCCUUGCCAGAGACAACACAAACACAUGGGGGUUCCAGCGUAAUGAGAAGCUUUGAUCAUCGGGGCAUUUCAGCACCAUGCAGCUUCAAAAGUCUGGUCCCAAGACAGAAGAUACUGAAUCAAAGAAGGUCACAUGCUGACAGAACAUAUAAUCACUCUGUAUAUGCUUUUAAGGGAUUUAUAAGGGAUUCCUUUUAUAUCAACAUCACAACUCUUGUCCCAGGACCACAUACUUCAACUCACUGCUAAUUCCCAUUUCAGUGUCAGUAAUCAGAUCUCCUGACAAAUUGGGAGACGUUUUUGUUAAACAAAUGUAAUGUACUACAUCUGUAGCCAAACAUUACUCAAAGAAGACAUGCUACAGAGGAAGUGGUAUAAGAAAUCUGAUAGGCGUUCAUCUGAUCUGUGUUUUGCUUUGGUGGGUCACUGUGAAUGAGAGAAAUCUCAGAAAACAAGCCAUGAUUCAAAGUCAUACUACAUUUAUAUAUGAUUUACCAUCAUAUUUUAAAAAAAAAACAAUAUUUAAUUGAAAUAAUUAGACUUGGAAAAAAAUUAGUCUUUUUUUUAAAUGUGACUAAGAGGUAAAACUCAGCUCUUGUAAUGAGUAUUUGAUGAACAUAAUGUGAUAAUAAUAAUAAUGAGGAUGGAUUUCACAUUGCUUUAUAGAAAUUUUUUUUUCAAAAUUGUAAAAAGCAAUAUCAAAUCUGACAGAUAAAUAAUACUGAAACCUCUGUCUGGUGACUGAACUGCCAUUAAAUUAAGCCAUAAAGACAAACAGAUUUAUUAAUUGGUUAAAUAUAUGUCUAUACCGACACUUACAUAAGAACAAAUAAAUCGACUGAGACUGUUCACAUGUCACAUUAAAGACUGGCAUGAGAGUAUGUCCCUAUGCUCUGUGUUACACAGUUAUCCAAUGUGUAAGUGUAUAAAUCACUGAACUGAAAGUCAGUAGUGGGUUGAACAGCUUCUGGUUGUGGAUUGUUGCUGUGGUAAAUGAUUCAAUACAAGUGUGUAACUGAAUCAUGGGGACAAACAGCCUAAAAACAGCUUGGAACGAAAGAACAAGUUAUUAAAAAACGUGGGCCAUGCUGCAAUGUGAUGUGUGGGAGAAUGUGUGAGGUCUGGACUCACGAUAUCUGAUCUCUCCUCAUGUUGGGGGAGAAGGUCUUGAGGCAGCACUCAGAAACGCUGCUCACCAAUUAAUCUGGUUCAUAUCAACUGUUAGUGUGCUGUGAAGGAUCCUGUUUCCUUCGCAUUUUUAAAGGCAACCAUUUAUUAGAGAACAAAGCUUCACCAGGCAGAAGAACAUGCCGCUAUUCAGUCGUAGACUGCUCGCCGUUUUCAUAAGAGGGCUGUAAUGACAGGAAAGGAAGUGAAGAGGCAGAGGAAGUGCAUGGCUGACUUUAUCACCAUCUGACUAGCACACCCACACAGGCUGAGAGAGCUAGUGGACUGUGAAAACCUUGACCUCUUAGUCGCCUCAGAUCCUCAUCAAUAACAGGUUCGUCUGUGUGCCAUUACCCAGAAGGCUGAGAUGUUGGUGAAUACUCUCUCAAAAGAGCUGGUUUUAUGGGUCAGGGACACAUCUACGCUUUAACUGUUUCUUGUUACAUCGUACAGGAAAAGAGGUCAAAGGUCAGUUCAAUCAGUUGGAGUUAAUAUAGAUACCUGAGAAACAUACCUGCUAGAAUUAUUUUUGGCACACAGUGAGGAAGAAACCAGAGUGGAUGUACCUGAAUGCAAAAGCAAAUCUCUUCAUCACACUGGAUCUGCCAGCAGGACCGAGCUCUUGGCUAAGAUCUGCACAGUCUCUAGUAUGGGAAUGUUCUUAAUUACAGAGACUGAUAUAAGGAGGUGAAGAGAGGUGAUGUGAACCUGGCGUAAACCAAAAGCAUAAUCUCACAAGAACAGAUUCUCAUUGUUCAGCACAAGUCAACUGCUAAUAAAAUUCUAAUAGCAUUAUUAUUGCUGAUGGUCAAAUAAUUACAAAUAAUUUAUGACAAUACUUUCCUGAAUGUAACUACAGGUAAGAGGAUUAAACAGAUUAAACACUUUAGUCCUCAUUACAGAGAACUAAAGAGAGGAGACUACAUUUUCUUGCACAUAUCAGAGUUCAUGCAUUUUCAGUUCAACUCUGUGAUACGUGAAUCAGCUCACAGAUUUGGUCCCGGUUUCAUAGACAAUGCAAAUAACAAGCAUUUAAGUAAGCAACUUUUCCUCGACAUGUAUAUUUUCCUGCAUAUGUUUAGUUUAAUUAGCCAUAGGAGGAACCAUGUGUCCCAUUUUUUAAAAGAUUUAUUCAUUAUUUAUCAUAUUAUUUUGUUCAACUUCACUCUAAUAAUUCACAUAACCAUAUAAUGCUUUUCUCUUUUUUCUGAUACCAUAAUUUGAUGUAAAUCACACAUUCUUCAGUGUUUUGUCACAGCAAAAUGAGUAUUAAGGAUUAUAAUAGGCAAUACAGCAUUUUAGUGUUUUCUAUAAUCCUAGCAAUAAGAGCGAAUGAUUCUUGUCAUUUUUGAGCAUCUGAAUAACGGAGAUUGUACUUUGAUCAAGAAAACUUCCCUUUUACUAUUUUGAUGUGUGUGUACCACUACUCUUUCCACUGUGUACACACACACACACACACACACACACACAGAGAAACGUGGUGUUUUUAGCUGCGGGAUUUCCCCCAUAUACAGCCAGAGGCACCAGUAUAAACUCACUGACCUUGCUGGACGUCUACAAUCAACAAAAACGUCUACAAUCAACUUAAAACAGAAGCCACAACAUGGCACCAGAAGAGUAAUGAGAGGUAUGAGGCCUGUUUUUUAAGGGGAAACUUGUCCAUGAGGCUUCACAGGGUUUUGUACGAUUAUGUAACACAAGUCUUUUGAGGGAAAUGUUACAAAGACUUCCACCAGAUGUUUAAAAGAUGUCUUUGCCGACUUUAAUGGGACGUCUACGUUCAUGCCAGGGUAAAAGAUUUUAGUAUGUCCUUUUAAAGCAGUAGAAAUAUGAACAUUGUGGUCAUAUUCAAGAGGUCAAACUUAAUAUUGGAUUUAAAAAAAUGGUCCACAUUUUAAAUCUGGUCAGAAUGGACGAGUAUCAGACUUCGUUCGUUCGUUCGUUCAUUCGCUAUAUUUUUCUAAAAUGCAGCACUUGGGUCAACUAUAUUCAGAAACAUACUGAAAUCCCUGAACAGAGGAAAGAAAGAAAGAAAGAAAGAAAGAAAGAAAGAAAGAAAGAAAGAAUUCUGAAGUGUUUACCUGGAAAACAUUCAAGCUGUCAUGCAAUCAGCGUAGGCAGCUUUAGUCAGACAUUUUAGAAAACAUGAAAAUUGUAUAAAGGAAAAGUUAAACAGUUAUGAUACUACACAGCUGUAAAAUGGACUCCCAGACCCAGAUUUGAGUAGGAGCAGUGACUGGGAGACAAAGAAGGCAUGGAAAGCGUGAAUAAAUAGUUAUUAUAAAUGUACAAAUAGAGUGGAUCAGACACUUUGUGUAUUCACGGUAAUCAAAUCUGUCUUUAUCACAGAAUCCAGAUAAAGGUAAAUCAUUCAAAUAUGUAGGAAAAGUCCAUAGAGGGAAAUAAAAUCAGAGCUCCUCUUUGCAGUAGUGUUCUUUAUAUGAUAAGCACGGAUAUCUCAAGAUCUUUCCUUUCAUUACACUGCAGUCGUAUCCUGUUCUUAAAUUUUAAUAGCUGACAUGGGAAGUAUGAUCUGCACACAUUUAUCUAAAGUACUCGGCUCACAAAUUCCACUACAGGAAGGACUGCAAUAAAAGUAAAAAAUAAAUACCAAUAUAAUAAUUUGUUCUAUAAUAAACAAAUUUCUGAAAUUACCGUAUAACAUUUACAAAGUUAGGAAUGUUGCUAUGGAAUAUAGUGUUUAUGGAGGAAUCUAAAAUACCUAACAGUGAUGUGCUCUUCUUUAAGAAAUUAAGGCUUACUAGGAAUGAUUUUGUGUAACAUCUAGGACUAUAUGUUCUGUAAAGCUGCUUUGAGACAAUGUCCAUUGUUAAAAGUGCUAUACAAAUAAAAU